CAUCGUCACGCCUGCUCCCCGUUCCGUCGCGCUUAGCGCCGUUGCCGCAUUCCUUCUCCACCGAUCUUCUACCUUUCGUCGGUCUCAGAAAUUGAAGCCAUUGCAAAUGAGUUCAAGCAAUGGCUCCAUUGGUGAAACUUAUUAUGAUGUACUGUCUUUGAGAGAAGAUGCUAGCCAUGACGAAAUUCGAGCUAGCUACCGGUCUGCCCUCCUUAAUUUCCACCCUGAUAAGUUACAAGCUAUGUGCCAGAAAUCUCAUCCAGACGACGUUGUGGGAGAACGAUACUUCAAAGUGCAGAAGGCUUGGGAAGUCCUCGGCAGCUCGAUGUCUCGUGCAGCUUAUGACAGAGAGCUCCAAGCUGCCAAAGGGGAUGCAAUGGGUGCAGAGAGCAUAGGCUUAGAGGAUAUGGCUGUGGAAGAUAAAGGUGAGAUUGUAGAACUCUUUUAUCAGUGUCGCUGUGGUGAUUACUUCUUUAUUGAUUCUGGGGAGUUGGAGGAAAUGGGAUAUCCAAUGUUGAGGAUUGGGAGUAAGGUUUCCUUAAGGACGUUCGAUGCGUUGCCUGCAUCUAUUGUUUUGCCGUGUGGUUCGUGUUCUUUGAAGGUUCGUUUGUUAAUCGAUUCGGAUUCGUGUGCUUCAAUUGAUUGUUGAGUUUGAAUGAUUGAAAUCAUAUUGCUUUGUUUUAAGCUCCAUGGGAUUUCUUUCUUGAAUGAUUGUGAUGUUUGAGAGAGAGUUUAUGAAUAUUUAGUGCUCUUGGUGGA